AUGCAAACGCACGGCGGACCAGGCUCGCCACCGCCACCGCCGUUGCCCGCCCAUGGCUCGGUGCGCGGGCGGCCUGGGCCCGAGGUGAACGGGAGACGCGGGUCAAGCGGGCGAUCGAGCUCGUUGCCGAGGACGAGUCAGAACGGGGAUUAUGGGCUCGGAGCGGGGUAUCAUGAGCAUUCCAAUCCGCAUUAUCUGGAAAAGCCCGACGCGCACGGACCUGCACGUGCGUCUGCUACUGGUGGCACCGGCGACGGCGCGCUCGAGCCCAAACACUCUGUGUCUGGGCGGAAGACGCCGUUGUCCAAGACAGUUUCUACAACAGCGACCACGAAACGCCGGAAGAAUACGAGCUUCGCCGGGAACGAUGGCAGCGACGCAGAAAAAGGAACAACAUCUCAACAGCGCCCGCCGCUCCCGCCGACAUCGUCAAGCGGGCUCGCGGCGCAGACGCGCUACGUGAACAUGCUGCUCGCGCUGGACGACAUCCCGGAGCUGUUCAACAUGGGCGCGAGCUUCGCGACGUGGAUCCUGCUCGCGGGAUACGUGUUGUUUCCCGGCACGUUCGACACGCUGAGCAGCCAGCAGGGCCUCGGGAGCGCGGAGACGUUGUUGGUGAAUGCUGUUACGGAUAUUCCGUUGUUCGUCAUCGCGUGGAUUUGCACAGGUAUCGGGGCGGUCGGGAUGUGUUAUCUCUGGUGGAGGUGGCAGAACAACUAUAUCUGGCUGUGUAACCGGAUCUUCCUCCCCGGCCUACUUAACUCGCUCGCGGGCAUCAUCUCGACGCUCACGUCUGUCUUCGGCGCACAGCACGGCGUGUUCACCGCGACGUCCAAGUCGACGAUCAUCGUCACGGGCGCCGUCGCGGGCAUAUGCGCGGCCUUGUUUGGGUUCUAUCAGUUCGUGCUGGUCAGGCGGAUACGGCGCGAGCAUCAGAAGACGGUGGGGAUCGAGAUGGCGGGGAGGCAUGGGGAGGGUGUUGUGGGCGAGGUGAGGAGGAGGAGGAAGGCGAGGGAAAGGGCGAGGGAGCGCGAGAUGCUGUAG